CAGAGCCGAAGGAGCUGAGGGAGCGGAGGAAAACUUUCCCAAAUGGAUUCCUCUGUCGGAUUCAGGCAUUUCUUUUUAUCCUACGUACUCAUUAACGGCUUUUUAAGGACGCUGGAAGCUAAAGAAGAAGUGCUUUUGGACAUGAGGGCAGCAGGAAGAGAGCUGGGCUGGUUGACAUGGUCCCCAAGUGAGGGAGACAGCUCUCAGAGAGACAGGACUGGGUGGGAGGUCCACCAGAGAACCCUGAACGGCUCUCAGUUCUACACCUACUACGUCUGCAACGUGGACGAGCGCGAGCAGGACAACUGGCUGCGCACCACCUUCAUCCAGCGGCACGCUUCGGCCUCGCGGGUUUUCGUGGAGCUGCAGUUCAUCGUGCGCGACUGCAACUCGUUUGACGGGGCCUCGCUAACCUGCAAGGAAACCUUCAACCUCUUCGUGUUAGAGGCGGACGCGGACGUGGGCACCACCUUCCACAAGGGCCAGUUUAAGAAGGUGGCCACCAUAGCGCCUGAUGAGAUCACCAAGAAAAACGAAAUGCACAUCAACAAAGAGACGAAAGUUGUGGAGAACCUCUCUCGGAAAGGUUUUUACCUGGCCUUUCAAGACAUCGGAGCCUGCGUUGCUAUUGUUAUGGUUAGAGUGUACUACAAAACGUGCCCGGCCACAGUGAAGAGCCUUGCGGUGUUCCCUGAGACUGUGGCCGGAAGAGAGAACCAGGCACUCAAGGAGGUGAGCGGGAAAUGCGUGGAAAAUGCCGAGAGUCAGAAGAUACCCCAGAUCUACUGUACUUUGCACGGGGAGUGGGUGGUACCAGUUGGACAGUGUCGAUGCAAACCUGGCUUUGAAGAAGUUCAAGACUCGUGUCAAGAAUGUCAGCCUGGCUUCUUCAAAGCUGAGAUGUCCAGCAGCAACAAGUGUGAGCCGUGUCCUGCCAACACCCAGGGGCUGACACAGGGGGCUUUGUUUUGUCCCUGUGUAAAUGGCUUCUACCGGGCCCCCAAGGACCCCGUCACUGGACCGUGUUCAGGCCUCCCCUCUGCCCCUCAAGAUCUUGUGGCCACCCCCAGUCUCCUCUCUACGGGAAAGCUCCUCCUCUCCUGGAAGUCUCCUGAAGACACCGGAGGUCGAAACGAUAUCACCUACAGCGUUGUGUGCCAACGAUGCGAGGGCUUCGGGUGCCAACCCUGCGGAGAGAAAAUUCGCUUCGACCCAGCCAGCACGGGGCUGACUGACACCAAGGUGUCAGUGAGUGAGCUGGACGCUCAUUUCAACUACACCUUCACCGUGGAGACGCUCAGUGGCGUGUCUGUGUUUGGCAGUAGUCAGGCAGCGCCUCGGGCUGCCAGGCUGCCGUCCUCCACCACCCUGACUACGUCUCUGCACUACACAGAACCACCCAAAAUCACCUCCAUGCGACUGGUUGAACGGGACUCCACCAGUUUGUCCAUUUCCUGGGACGUAUCUCCCCAGCCACGGGUUCUGGCCCGGCCUGUUCGCUAUGAACUCGCUUACCGCAAGAAGGAUAACAAACAUGACGUGACAACCUAUGUUGUGCUCAAACUGGAGAAGAACUCUGUUCAGAUUAACGAUCUGGCUCCAGACACGGCCUACCUGGUCAAGGUUCAGGCCUUUAGCAGCGACGGUAGGUCUGGAGUCCCCAGCGGGGAGGAACAGUUUGAGACGUCGCCCGAAGGACAACUGAACAAAACAGCAGUCAUCCUCGCUGCAUCGGUUGGAGGAGCGAUAGUGUUGAUCCUGGUGAUCGUGAUUCUGUUCAUGCGCAGACGAAAUGGCAACUCUCACAUCCGGCAAGGACCAGAAGACACUUACUUUUCAAGCUCAGAGCAAUUAAAACCACUGAAGACCUACGUGGAUCCGCACACGUAUGAGGACCCCAACAUAGCUGUCCUCAAGUUUGCCACUGAAAUCCACCCAAGCCACAUAACCAAACAGAAAGUUAUUGGAGCUGGGGAGUUUGGGGAGGUGUACCGGGGCAUUCUGAAAGCAUCUGGGAAGAAGGAGUUAGCGGUUGCGAUCAAGACGUUGAAGCCUGGCUACACGGAGAAGCAGAGGCAGGACUUUCUGAGCGAGGCCUCCAUCAUGGGCCAGUUCUGCCACCAGAACAUUAUACGUCUGGAGGGGGUGGUCACCAAAUUUAUACAUGCAAUGAUAGUAACUGAAUACAUGGAGAAUGGAGCGCUGGAUAGAUAUCUAAGGGACCACGACGGCGAGUUCUUGUCAUUCCAGCUGGUGGGGAUGCUGCACGGCAUCGCUGCAGGCAUGAAGUACCUCUCUGAAAUGAGUUACGUUCACCGAGACCUGGCUGCUCGCAACAUCCUGGUGAACACCACCCUGGAGUGUAAAGUGUCUGACUUCGGCCUGUCCCGAGUCCUGGAGGACGAGCCGGAGGGCACGUACACCACAAGCGGAGGUAAGAUUCCCAUCCGAUGGACAGCACCGGAGGCGAUCGCCUACAGGAAGUUCACCUCAGCAAGUGACGUGUGGAGUUUUGGCAUCGUCAUGUGGGAGGUCAUGGCAUUUGGUGAAAGGCCGUACUGGGACAUGAGUAAUCACGAGGUGAUGAAAGCUAUCAACGAGGCGUUCAGGUUGCCUGCACCCAUGGACUGUCCGUCCGCCGUCUACCAGCUGAUGCUUCAGUGUUGGCUUCAGGAUCGCUCUAAGAGGCCGCGGUUCGGAGACAUCGUUAGUCUGUUGGACAAGCUCCUGCGCAGCCCAGACUCACUAAAGACCAUCGCAGACUUUGACCCUCGUGUUUCCAUCCGCCUGCCCAGCACCAGCGGUUCGGACGGCUCUCCCUUCAGGUCGGUGUCUGAGUGGCUGGAGUCCAUCAAGAUGAGCCAGUACAGCGAGAACUUCACCCGGGCUGGGAUCUGCACCAUGGACCAGGUCCUGCAGAUGAAGAGCGAGGAUAUUAAGAACAUCGGAGUGAGGCUGCCCGGCCAUCUGAAGCGAAUAGCUUACAGCAUCUUGGGCUUGAAGGACCAGACGAGCACCCUGAGCGUGUUUGCAGUGUGAUCCUCACCACGAAGGGAACUGGAACUGCAGCAGGUGGACUCUAUAAACUCUUACGCUGAGCGGGAGCGGGACGGCAGGGACGGCUUUGGAUCGACGGAACCAAGAGAAACGUGCCGUCCUUUGGGCCAAAUGAAUCAGACUAACUUACUGUACAUUGUUUGAUUUCUAUUUUUAUCAGGGAAUGGAGCAAAUAUGAUAGACGUUUACUAUUUAAAUAUCUAUUUUUUUAACUGUACUUUCCAUACGAGAUGCAGUUUAUUGCAUUUUUGUCCAUUUUUCAAACAAACAGUCCACUCCAGCCUUUACAAAACGAGGAGAGGAGCUAUAUAAAUAUCAUAAAUAGCAAAUCAUGGUUCAGUUCGUUGGUGCUGAUGUCAAAAAAUGUCUUCGUUAAAUGGCGCUUGGCUCCAUUUCCUGUCAGGACGGAGCACGGGGGAGCUGAAACGAGCUUGAGCUCAUCCAGAAGCGAAUAAAAAGAUAAAACUGGACGUUUCUGGCCUCCUGCUGGCUCUGAGCAGAAAUUAAGCUAUGAUCUUAUGAGUGAUGUUCAUAUGAGGGGGUGAACGGAGGUACUCUGUGUGCAAAUUCACUUUUUUAUUUCUUGCUUGUGUUUUGCUGGUUACCAAAAAAAACAACUAACAAACACUGAGAUAAAAAAGUUUUGUAGUGUAGCACUUGGAUCAAAAAUCUUUUUUUUUUUUUUUUUGAGAAUUUCAAGCUAAAGAUGACUCAAAGUCUGGAUCUUCAGGAUUUGGGUAAAUUCAUUGUUUUGGUUUGAGAUUUUUACAUUUGUUAAAAAUAAAGA